AUGAAUUACUUCACUGUUGCUCUACCUGUUGUUCUUGCCUCUUUACAAUCUGUUCUAGCUGACACUCCAGAAUUCGCAAUUGUUAACUCUAACAAUGGUGGUGACUUACAAGGUUACCAAGUCUAUUUAGACAACGGUAUGCUAAAGAUGACCACCGCAUCUGAAGAGGGUUACGAAUCUAUUACUGAUGCCGGUAAAUUGAAACUAUCUGAUGGUACUUAUGCCGUUUCUUUAACUGAUGGUUCUUUCGUCACUGGUACAGAAAGUUUAGGUACCGCUGGUUGGUCCGUUCAAGAUGGUAAACUAUACUUCAAGGGUUCAGAAACCUUCUACGGUGUUAGAGGUUCUGGUAAUGGUACUAAUGCCACUUACACUUUUGCUACCAGUCAAGGUUCAGAUGGUAAAGCUGUCAUCUUCGAUGUCAUGUCUCAUACUAGUGAUCCAAUUGUCAACUUCCCAGAUAACAGUACUUCUUCUUCAAACUCCUCUUCUGUUUCUUCCGGUACAUACACUAACUCCACUACUGGUACCACUUCUAGCAACUCUACCACUUCUAGCAACGCUACCACAUCUGCUUCUCACAACUCUACUUCUUCUUCUGCAAGUUCUCGUAGUAGUGGUGCCGCUGCUGUUAACGUCCCAGCUUACGGUAUCUUAGCUGCUUUGGCUCUCCUAAUGUAA